GCAGGCAAAAUCGUCCUAAAUUUUCCAGUAGCCCCCGCCCUACUGAAAAAUUUAGGGUUCCCGCGUUUCAUGGACUCGUUGCGUCGUGCGCAUGGCACCGUCGACACGGAGUUGCUGGUGCAGAAGCAGUCCGUCGGGUCAGUGGUCGGACAUCAGCCACGAACGGUAGCCGUUGGCGGGGAUUGGACGGACGUUGGCAGGAAUGGAUGGACAUUGGCGACGCGGCUGCGUGGCACUGCAUCGCGUUGUGGGCGGCACCGAAGCUACGACCGGUCAUCGAAAUGCACAUUGGCUCAAUUGAUAGAGCUCAACUACAAGCAUUACGAGAGAGGCAGACCAGCAGCAAGCGCCUUCAAAAAUGCAGUGACAAACCUAGCGGAGGACCUAUGUGAUUAUGAAUGUUCCGAAGUAAUGAAGAACUCGCUGAAAUCCAUGGAGCUAAAAACAUUUGUGCUGGCGAUGAAGGAAAUUAACAAGGAGUGGGAUGACCAAGAGACCAAGUUACAUCAAACCGCGACGCAACAGUUGCAGCAGCAGGUCUGCACUACCACCACCACCUCGAGUCCGGAGCCGCACGAGACAGCUCCUAAGUUCGAUGGGCAGGAGAUCUUCCACGACUCAAUCAAGACAGAUCCAAUUCCAUGGCUUCGCAAGUUCGAGCUCACGCUCCAGCUCCACAACGUCAAGGAACACAAGCACCACGCAUACUUGUACUCUCGCUCAGGGGGCGCGUGCCAGGCUUGGUUGGACAACCUGUUGUCCAAGUAUGGAGUGGUAGCUAAUGACUUGCACACCAAGAUCACCUGGGAUGAUCUGAAGGCGGCGUGGCACAAGCGGUUCCAGGUGGAGCGGCCAGAGAUCAAAGCCAUAGACAAGCUCAUGGUCUUCGAGCAAGGCACGCUGCCGAGUACGGACUGGAUCCCCGAGUACCAAUGCUUGACGUCAGUCCCAGACAUCCAGAUGGGCUUCAAGGCCAUCCGCCACUACUUGAUCUCAAGGUCAUGUCCAACAUUGAGCAAGGCCCUGACGCAUGUCGAGGACACCUUGAUGACGACGACGGAAUUAUUCGACAAGGCUGCGCAAAUCAUCAUCACAAACAAGGAGGCCAAGAACCUCCGUUCAUCUGCAUCAGGCCCGAGCAGGGACCAGCAUCGGCCAAGAGUGGUCGUGGUCGCAGCGGCAGCGCCGUUAGACYAAACCAGCGAGGCUGYGUCUGCCAGUGAAGGAGACAGAUUCGCAGCCGCCCGGGAAGGUGGCCGCGCCAGCAGAGGCCGAGGGCGCGGCAAGCCGAAGACACACACCGUUUCUAGCCGCGGGCCCGGCGCAGCAGCUCAGACAGGCCCAUGGACCCCGUAUGGCAUCUCCGAGUCCGCAUACAAGGCGCGCGAGAGAUUCCACUAUUGCCUUUGGUGCAACAGCGAUCUUCAUCAGACGCAGGUUUGCCCAUUGAAAGACAAGGGGCAGACAGGGAAACUGAGCACCGCCGAGAGUGACGCGACGACACUCUCGAUGCCUUUGGAACUGGUUUCUUUGCGAGUAACCAGCCUUCAUUCCGAGGCGCACGCGAAAGUCGACAGUCCUCCGCUUCUACUUUCUUUUGAGGACUAUGCUGCCCGGCUCGUUCCAACGCUGGGUACUCAAGCUCAAGGACAAGGAGUGUGUGUGGUUACUUCUCCGUCCGGCAACAGCGACAGAUCGUCUUCAAGUGGUUCGUCACGGAAUUCGGCGCGCGAGUUCAAUGUAGAGGCAUUAGACCCGCUCACGUCUGAGGACUUUGCAUGGCUUCCUCUCCCGACCACAGGCUGUUUGCCGGGACCGCAAUGCGCAGCACUUAGCGCUCAUCUCCACACUUACCUUUCCUUCUAUGCACCACCAACUUCGCCGACGGAUGAGGAAGUCGCGGUGGGGGACAUCCUGGCAUAUAUUACCAAGGUGGCCCGCGAGUUUCGCACGCAGCGGUACGAUAACAACAAUGCACCGCUCAUGUAUGUCCGCAUCCUGGUUGGGCAAGCAUCCUGCUGCAAUUUGCUGGAUAGCGGCGCGUCUAGCAACUUCAUGAGUCAGUCUUUUAUGCAAAGAGUUGGCCUUGGCGCACAAGUUCGGAGGAAGGCAAACCCAACGGCGAUCAAGCUGGCGGAUGGGAAGACGCAACAACUUCUCGACCAUUACAUCGAGGCCGUACCGGUCUACUUCGCACCUCAUGCAUGCGAACCGGUAACAUUCGAUAUUCUCGACACGGACUUCGACAUCAUUCUGGGAAUGCCUUGGCUUGCAAGUGCGGAUCACACGGUCAACUUCCAUCGGCGGACUCUUAGCGUUCGCAACGCCCUCGGCGCGGAAGUGGCGUGCACUAUUCCUCUACCGCACUCUUCGAUCCGGUGCCAAGUGGUGACGGCCAAAUCAUUCCGGGCGACUUGCGCUUACGAGCAGCCCGAGGAGAUCGGCCUAUGUUUCCUACGGACCUUCGUGGCAGCCGACUCUUCACCCACGGACUUGUCUUCGGACCCCCGUGUGGUACGAUUGCUGGACGAGUUCGCUGACAUCUUCGAGUCACCUACCGGUGUGGUGCCGGGUCGGCCGAUCUCUCAUAAGAUCAUUCUUGAGGCCGGUGCCGUGCCGCCGAAAGGUUGCAUCUAUCGCAUGAGCGAGGAGGAGCUUGAGGUACUCCGCGCACAGCUCGAUGAUUUGUUGGCCAAGGGCUGGAUCCGCCCGAGAAGCUCCCCAUAUGAAGCACCAGUUCUCUUCGUUAGGAAGAAGAACAAGGAUCUACGACUGUGUAUCGACUACCGCAAGCUCAACGCGCAAACCGUCAAGAAUGUGGGGCCUCUUCCUCACAUCGACGAUCUUCUCGAGCGACUGGGCGGUGCGAAGUAUUUUUCCAAGUUGGAUUUGAAAUCAGGAUAUCAUCAAAUCUCGAUUCAGCCGAACAAUCGCUACAAACCGCCUUCAAGACGCGGUACGGGCAUUUUGAGUGGGUUGGUCAUGCCUUUUGGCCUCACCAACGCCCCGGCGACGUUCCUGGCGGCGAUGACCACUGAGUUUCGUGCAAUGUUGGACCGGUUCGUGCUGGUCUACUUAGACGAUAUUCUCGUCUACAACCGGACAUUGAAGGAUCAUCUUGGACAUCUUCGACGAGUGUUGGCGACGCUCCGCUGUGCCAAGUACAAGGCCAACCGCAACAAGUGCGAAUUUGUCCGUCAAGAGCUGGAAUACUUGGGCCAUUUUGUCACACCUGAGGACAUCAGUCCGCUAUCGGACAAGAUUAAGGUCGUCCAAGAGUGGUCGGAGCCUCGGAACGUCACGGAUGUCCGCUCGUUCCUCAAUCUUACCGGCUACUAUCAGCGCUUCAUCAAAGGUUACUCCAAGAUCGCGGCCCACUUGAACAAGCUUCAAUGCGAGGAUCGGCCGUUUGACUUCGGAGAGGAGGCGCGAGGAUCAUUCUUCGCUCUCAAAGCCGCGCUAUUGUCUGCGGAGGUCUUGGGCUAUGGUAUCACAGAAUAUCUGGAGAAGUGGGAGCUUCACGCCAGCCGGAGUCAGUGGUCGGAGGAAGAGAUUAUUGAGAACUUCCUAUUUAAUGUGGACCCAAGUCUUGGUAGGGAAGUUAAGGAAGCUCGACCGAAGGAGGGAAAAUGGACUACGUACAAGAAGAACCUCGUUGAGCUUUACAAAUUGAAGGAUGACAAGUAUUCCAUCAAGGACCUUAAAACAAUGACUCAAGAUGAAGAUGAGAGCGUACGGGCAUUUGGGAUGCGUUUCCAAAAGAUCUCCGACGUGCUGAUGAAGAAGGGGAAGAUCUCAGAGGUCGAGCGCUGUACUAUCUUCAUCGGACACUUGUCCAAAGCCACCAAGUCGGCAAGAGGGUCUACAUCGAAGAAGACUGACACGGAUUACAUGAUGACGGAGAAGGACGGGCAGCGGGUCGAUGGAGAGGAGGUUAUCCUUUCACCGCGAAAGAGGGGAGUGAAGAAGUUCUUAAUGAAGAGUUCGUUGGACGAGAUUGACACGGUUGAGCCACUGAGGCGGGCCCUUCGGCAACCAAUGCAGUGUUCUAUUCUGGAGUACCUGGCGGCAUCGAAGCCGGCUCGUGAUGAAUUACAGAUGAUCAUGCGGAAUACUCGCACACCUCUAUCAGAGGAGGGUCAGGGGGCCCCUAAAGCGGAAGCUUCUACAGUAGCAGUAACGGGGGUGACUGCCAGAGCGGAUCGUAUGGCGACAGUCCUUCUCGAUGGAAUGGAAGGUGUGCCUCCAGACAAGUUUUAUAUACUUGGUAGCGGGGCCGUGGAGACGAUUAUAAACGAUGGAGCGGUACUCGAUGCUGUGAUUGAUAACGGUAGUGAGGCUGUCAUCAUAGACGAGGACCUGGCGGUACAACUUGGAAUGGGCCUCGAUAGGUCAUACCUAUUCGAGAUAGAGACGGCCGAUGGGAGAAAGCAACAGAUCACUGGGGUUUGUCACAAGGCAGCCAUAGAAGUCCAAGGGGUACGAGUGACCCUGCCAGUCUUUGCAGUCAAGAACUGCAGCUCCGACCUGCUCUUGGGUCRAAYGUGGCUGAGCCACGUGCAUGCGGUGACGAUAGAGCGACCUGAUGGGAGCCAAACAUUGUCCAUUAAGAAGCCAGACGGGACGCGGGUAAUGACUGAGACAGUGGAGCCUCGGGACCCGAGGAACAGAGCAGCUCUUGCUGUGGGUGCAAGACUCAGUGAUCAGAUUGAGUCGUUGCCUAUCUCCAGCCGCGCGGUGCGAUUUCGCGAGAAGAAAUAUGGACCACUGCUCACAGAAGAAGAAGGUCAGAUGGUGGAGGUCGAAGACUUAGGAAGUCGGCGAAUAGUGGACGGCAACUCGUACCCGAAGGAAAAAGAUGAGGAAUUUGGCGGUGUGGUAUCCAAGGAAAAGGAAGAAGAUAUCGCUUUCCUGAAAGAAAAGAUGAUUUCCCACGUUGCGGAGCCAUCUGAUAGCGCUUAUGCUAAUCGAUGGUUCUUCCUACGGAACUUCCUACGGAAGCCGAAUGGCAAGAUUCGAUGGAUCCAGGACCUUCAGAAGGUCAACGCGGUGACGAUACGAGACGUGGGCUCCGUGCCACACACCGAUUCACUAGCAGAAGGCGCAACAGGUAGUGGAAAUGCUAUCAUUCCAGGUAGGCAGGCAGCAGCCGCAGCACGGAGGCUAACGGAUUCUCACAGGUUAACAUUCUCACAGGUUAACAAGAAUUCUCUGGAGGCUUACGGGGAGCUAACAGAAGCUAAUGGACCUAACGGAGGCUAACGGAAGCUGACAACAGCCUUUACUCAUUCUAGGAGGCAGGCAGCAGGUCCUGGAGUGCAUGCGGAGGCUUAAAGGAGUCAAACUUGUCUCUCAAGGGUCACCAGGGAUUCUCACAGAGGCUAAAGGAAGCUAACGGAAACCAAAGGGAAAGCUAACGGAAACCAAAGGAAGCUGAGGACAGCUAAAGGAACUGCUGACGAGAGCUGACGGAGGCUAGGGGAAGAGAGAGAACUCAAGAGUCAAGAUAUAGUCAUAUAUAAUAUAUAUCGAUCAAUAUUGAUCAACAACCACUCGAUUCCAUGGGGUGCUUAGAUGGGGUUGUCCCCCGGUGGACGGCUGCCACCCUUCUGGUUACCAUGAUAAUGAUAUUCCUUCUGCACGCCGCAUUGCACACGUCGACGGCUGCUCAGCUCGUCAAUCGUAACAAGCCUC